UUAUUUUAUUUUUAAUUUUGCCCCAAAACAUUUCUACAUUUUACUAGCUUGAUGCAUACUACGACUAUCUUUCGGAUUUGCAUCCCUCUUCCCCGACUUGCCUCGCGUUUCCUGUACGACUGCAUUUGCCUCUAAAUUGUUAUAUACAUUACCACCUGCCACCACCACCACCACCACCAGAUGUCUUAUAGAAACAUACCCUCUUCUCAGCCACAUCGCCGGCCUCGCUCGUCCCAAGGUCCACCUUCGUAUAUUACUACUACCACACCCGCGGUUGAGUCACCGCUGCACCUCAACCCGAACCCGGGUUUAUCGCAGAACCACCUCUCCAUCCCCGCUCGGGACCCUUCGGGCUUCGCAGAUCCAAAUACUACUACUGGCCCUGUCCCCGGCAUAGCGGGCGAUUUUGGGAAUCUCAAUACAGUUCCGAGGGGUGGUGUUCGUGGCGCGCGCAGCUUCUCGUCUCCGUCGCCGGCAAUUAGUUUGAAUACGAGGCCGACUGGGUCGCCGUUUUUAUCGCCGGAGGUUUAUCCUACUGGGCAACAGUCUUCGCAGAGUCGUGAGCAAUUGGCUGCGUCAUCGGAUUUUAGGUAUACCACGACGAGACCUGUCGCGGUCGGGUCGGAGUACUUGUCGGGGAAUAUGGCGCACGAGGCACAUAACUGGAGUUGGCAAGGACGACCGUCGCAUCCACAUCUUCAGCAGGGACCUAUGGGCUUUGAUCAACCGUAUUCACCGCAGCAAUCGGUGCCGCCGGGGGGGUUUCCUAUUGAUUAUGAUGCGAGGCAAGGUACCCCGCGGAGUUAUUAUCAGUCGUCGCCGUAUCUUUCGGUUCCUAGUCAUGGGCUUCCUCAAGGGGCCCAUCAUCCGAGGAGUGUUUCAAUGUCGUACGCAUAUCCCAGUAGUUCGGUAACUGGGACGCUUCCAUCCAUGUCAGACCAAUCCUUCCUGCCCUCAUCACCCUCAUACUUCGUCCACCAACCUGAAUACUACCUCCCAGAAUCCUCACUUCCAUCCCACACCCCCUCGAUAUCAACCAGCCCACAAUCCCAACACCCACACCCAGGCCCAGGCCCAAGUCCAUACUACACCUCUCCCUCACCCGCCCCAACAGCAUCCGCAUCCGCAUCCGCAUCCUCAUCAACCGACCAAGAUCGCCAGGUGCGAGUUAUAAGUUUCCGCCCCAAGCCCCAAUGCUGGGAACACGGCUGCAACGGUCGCGAAUUCUCAACAUUCAGUAACCUGCUUCGCCACCAGCGGGAGAAGUCGGGGGUCGUGGCCAAGGCUGAAUGCCCAGUAUGUGGCGCAGCGUUUACGCGCACGACGGCAAGGAAUAUUCACCUUGCGCAGGGGAAGUGUAAGGGGAGGGAGUAGCUCUACUUGAUAGAGAGAUGUUUAUGAUUGGGUGAGGGGGACAUAAUGAGGAUUAAGAUAGGGUCUGGGAUCUAUUUGGGCUGACUUCAACCGGUUCAACACGUGCAUCUUGGUGUUUGGCGUUUUACGGCAUGGGGAUAAUUGUUGCAUUGUUUAUAUUGCAUU